CUCCUCACCCCUCAGUGGCAGGAGGGAGGCCUCUCUGCCGGGCCCAGGUUUCAGGAGAAACAGCAGGUGUCACUUCCUGGGCCGGGCCUGGCUGUGCGGGCCACCCUGCGCCCCCGGGACGGCUCUGAGUUGUGGGGUGGGGUGCGGGCGGCAGAGGAGACAUGGAGACCCGGGGCCACAUGUCAUGGUUCAAACAGGAGUUCUUUGGCAGACAGGCCAGGGACACAAUGACGAUGGGGAAACUGAGGCACAGAGCUGGACAGUGACUCAGACACCAGGAGCUGCCCAGCGUGGAGCUGAGUGCUCAGGUCUGGACUCAGCUGGCCCAGAGUACAAGUCACUUCCUGGCUGUCUGACCUUGGCACCAGGCACUAGACAGAAGCCUGCAGGGGUCUCCACAGAGGCCAUCGGGAUGUCGUAUUUUGGGGAGCAUUUUUGGGGCGAGAAGAACCAUGGCUUUGACGUCUUGUACCAAAGCAUGAAGCAGGGACCCGUCUCCACCAAGGAGCUGGCCGACUUCAUCCGGGAGAGGGCCACCAUCGAGGAGACCUACUCGAAGGCGAUGGCAAAGCUUUCCAAGCUGGCCAGCAACGGGACCCCCAUGGGGACCUUCGCCCCACUCUGGGAGGUCUUCCGUGUCUCCUCGGACAAGCUGGCGCUCUGCCAUCUGGAGCUGACGCGGAAGCUGCAGGACCUCAUCAAGGACGUGCUCCGCUACGGGGAGGAACAGCUCAAGGCUCACAAGAAGUGCAAGGAGGAAGCCGUGGGCACGCUGGAUGCCGUGCAGGUCCUCGCGGGCGUCAGCCAGCUCCUGCCCAAGUCCCGCGAGAACUACCUGAACCGCUGCAUGGACCAGGAGCGGCUGCGGAGGGAGAGCACCAACCAGAAGGAGAUGGACAAGGCCGAGACCAAGACCAAGAAGGCGGCGGAGAGCCUGCGGCGCUCGGUGGAAAAGUACAAUUCGGCCCGCGCCGACUUUGAGCAGAAGAUGCUGGACUCGGCUCUGCGCUUCCAAGCCCUGGAGGAGACGCACCUGCGGCACAUGAAGGCGCUGCUGGGCUCCUACGCCCACUCGGUGGAGAAUACCCACGUGCAGAUCGGGCAGGUGCACGAGGAGUUUAAGCAGAACAUAGAGAACGUCAGCGUGGAGAUGCUGCUGCGCAAGUUCGCGGAGAGCAAGGGCACGGGCCGCGAGAAGCCUGGCCCCCUGGACUUCGAGGCGUACAGCACAGCAGCCCUGCAGGAAGCCAUGAAGCGGCUGCGGGCCGCCAAGGCCUUUCGCCUCCCGGGACUGAGCCGGCGCGAGCGGGAGCCACCUGCAGCUGCAGACGCCCUGGAGCCCGGGUCAGGGACGUGUGCAGAGGUGGACGAAGAAGGUUUCACUGUCCGGCCUGAUGUGACCCAGAACAGCACAGCCGAGCCCUCCCGCUGCUCGUCCAGCGACUCCGACUUCGACGACGACGAGCCCCGCAAGUUCUACGUGCACAUCAAGCCGGUCCCGGCCCGGGCGCCGGCCUGCAGCCCCGAGGCGGCCACCGCGCAGCUCCGGGCCACGGCGGGCAGCCUCAUCCUCCCUCCCGGCCCAGGGGUGAGGCGGGCGAGGGGCGCUCCAGGUAGGGCUGGGCGGGGUGGACGCGCCGGCCUGAUGUCCCCUCUUUGUCCACAGGGCACCAUGAAACGCCACUCCUCACGUGACGCUGCUGGGAAACCACAGAGGCCUCGAUCCGCCCCGAGGACUGGCAGCUGUGCAGAGAAGCUGCAGUCGGACGAGCAAGUUUCCAAGAACCUCUUUGGGCCGCCCCUAGAGGCGGCCUUUGACCACGAAGAUUUUACAGGUGAAGGAGGCUCCAGCAGCCUCGGCUUCACCUCCAGCCCCUCGCCUUUCUCGUCCUCGUCGCCCGAGAACGUGGAGGACUCCGGCCUGGACUCGCCGUCCCACGCGGCGCCCGGCCCCUCCCCGGAUUCCUGGGCCCCCUGCCCGGGCACCCCGCAGAGCCCUGCUGGCUGUAGGGCGCCGCCCCCGGAGUCGAGGGGGACACGGCCCGUGCAACCGUCGGACUCGCCCCAGCCCCUCGCGCCAUCCCCGGGCCCCUGGGGGCUGGAGGCUGUGGCCGGAGGAGACCUGAUGCCUGCGCCUGGCGAGCUCACAGCCAGGGACGGCCUGGCAGCGCCACCCCGGAGAGCCCGCUCCAGGAAGGUGUCCUGCCCCCUCGCGCGCAGCAGCGGGGACCUGUCUCGGUCCCUCAGCCCCUCGCCACUGGGCUCCUCGGCCCCCAGCACAGUUCCAGAACGGCCCAGCUUCUCCUCCCAGACAGGCCACGGAGUCUCCCGGGGCCCAAGCCCUGUGGUCCUGGGCUCCCAGGAUGCCCUGCCCGUGGCCACUGCCUUCACCGAGUAUGUCCACGCCUACUUCCGGGGCCACAGCCCCAGUGGGACCCCACCCCCGCCGGUCCUCAGCUUCCGCCUCGUGCACACGACCCGCAUUGAGCACUUCCAGCCCAAUGCUGAGCUGCUCUUCAGUGACCCCUCCCAGAGCGACCCUGAGACCAAAGACUUCUGGCUCAACAUGGCGGCUCUGACGGACGCCCUGCAGCGCCAGGCAGAGCAGAACCCGGCUGCCUCCUACUACAAUGUGGUGCUCCUACGAUACCAGUUCUCGCGCCCGGGGCCGCAGGCCGUGCCCCUGCAGCUGAGCGCGCACUGGCAGUGCGGGGCGGCCCUCACUCAGGUCUCGGUGGAGUACAGCUACCGGCCUGGAGCCACGGCCGUGCCCACGCCGCUCACCAACGUCCAGAUCCUGCUGCCUGUGGGGGAGCCGGUGACCAACGUGCGCCUGCAGCCGGCCGCCACUUGGAACCUGGAGGAGAAGCGACUCCUAUGGAAGCUUCCAGAUGUGUCCGAGGCAGGGGGCUCUGGCUGCCUGUCUGCCAGCUGGGAGCCAUGCUCGGGGCCCAGCACACCCAGCCCCGUGGCCGCUCAGUUCACCAGUGAGGGGGCCACUCUGUCGGGCGUGGACCUGGAGCUGGUGGGCAGCGGCUACCGCAUGUCGCUGGUAAAGAGGAGGUUCGCCACAGGGAUGUACCUGGUGAGCUGCUGAGCCCACAGAGGCCCUGGCGGCUGCUCUGCGCUGUGUCCUGGUGCUCGCCCACAGCUCCCUGCCCUCUGCGGACCCUGGGGCCCCUGACUCCGCCGACGCCCCGCCUCCCUGGAGAGGCGCCCACGGCCAGCCUGGCUGGGCCUGAGAUUCACUCCUGCUCACGCCAGCGCCCACACAGGUCCUUGGACUUUUAUGUUCUUUGAAUAAACACUUUAUUUUCUAAUAAAAUAAACGACAAGCCUUU